GUGACGUCAUUGAGGAGAAGUACAGCCUUUUUUGUGUGUGCUCACAGUUUGUUUCCGUGUGAGUCAUUUCACAGGAGAAGGGCUUGUGUGUGUUUAAGUAUGUGACAGAGAGAGAGAGGGAAUAGGCAGACAGAGGCAAAGAAAGGCACAAGUAUUAGGUGUCCCUUUUCAAUUCAGAAGCUCAAUUUGUUGUUUGGAAUCUGAAAAAUAGGGUGAAAGGAGCAGGAAAGGGGAGAAGCUAGGUGGGAAUCUGAGCUGCUGACAGCUGGUUUUUGUUCCUUCUUUCCUCACCCCUCUUCCAUUCCCUCAGUACAGCACCAUCACUCUGUACACAGUAUUUGUAAGAGGAUAUAGAGUAAAAUAUCCGCUUUUUAGACCCUUUGAUGUCUUUCAGAAUGAGUGCAGGAUGUGAUCAGUGAUACUACCUGACUCAUUUUCUUUCCACAGACAUCGGCUUCUCACAUCUCAAAUCUCAAACUUUACUCUCUUCCUGUGACGUCUGGCCUACCGCAUCCGGGUCUGACUUCACAAGAUGCUGACAUACUAGCAGUUAAACUGUUUUCCUGUCAAAUUGUCAGUUCACACUCGCAUGCGCACGCCUGAUCUUUGCAUUUGUGUGAUAAAUAAUUACAGACCAUGGUAGGCUACUGUCCAAUCUGUGGAAAGCCUGUCUACUUUGGGGAGAAGAAAAGGUCCUUGGGGAGGGACUACCAUCCUCUGUGUCUGAAGUGCCAGAAGUGCAACAGACAGCUCACGGCUGGCCAACAUGCUGAGUAUGAUGAGAAGCCAUUCUGCACACAUUGCUACAUGAAGAUGUUUGGCCCGAGGGGUAACAGGUGAAGGAUGUGUCCACAGCACAGCUCAUCGUCUUCAUCGGCAAAACCAGACUAUAACACAACAGAUGAAUACUGACAUCUAAAAGGAGGCAGCUGAAAGCCAAAAAAACUGAUGGCUUUAAUGAAUAAUAGUGACAAGCAUAAAUGUAACAUUCCUGUUUUUCUCUUUGUGACAAUUUUUCAAAAUUAAAUAUUUAUGAAUAAGUAGUGGUUACUUGAGUUUUAUCACUUGUGUUAUUGAUUGUAAAUUUGAAAGUUUUUUUGUCCUAUACUUUUUCUGAACCUUGCAAAAGUAACGUUUUGGUGAAUCGCUGGUGAUAUUUUUGGCUAUGCAAUCAGAAGCCUGUAAUGCUAUGCAAACUAUUUAUACAACCACAAACUUGUGUUUUAUUUGGAUUUAAUGUGAUGGAUUCAUUAAUUGUAAAGCUGAAUAAAAUUAUACACUGUUUUCAAAAUCUCUAACAAAUAAAAAUCUGAAAAGUG